AUGUUUACCAAACUUGACCUGCAUUGGGGCUAUAACAACAUCUGGAUCAAAGAAGGAGACAAAUGGAAAACAGUGUUCUGUACCAAAUACAGCUUGCUUGAGUACCUGGUUAUGCCCUUUGGCCUCACAAAUGCCCCCGCAGCGUUCCAGCAUUUCAUGAACAAUCUGUUCAGGGAUCUCAUUGACGUCACUGUGGUAAUUUACUUGGACAACAUCCUAAUCUUCUCAGAAAACCCUGAAGAACAUUUGGUCCAUGUAAGGGAAGUUCUGUCCAGGCUAAUGAAGAACCAGUUAUUCUGCAAGCUAUCAAAAUGCCACUUUCAUGUCACCACAGUGGACUACCUGGGUAUUGUAAUAUCCCCAAGGGGCUUCUCAAUGGAUCAGAAGAAGAUUGAAGCAGUCACAGCAUGGCCUCAACCCAAGACAGUUAAACAGGUUCAGGCGUUCUUAGGAUUUGUUAACUACCUCUGGAGGUUCAUCCCCAACUUCAGCACAGUUGCCCAACCUCUACAUAACCUAACCAAAAAGGAAACCACUUGGCUAUGGGAUCAACAGGAGGAACAGGCUUUCCAAGAAUUGAAAACUCUUGUCACCAGAUCACCUGUCCUAAUUCACUCCAACCCAGAUUUACCAUACUAUCUGGAGACAGACGCAUCAGGAGUUGCCAUGGGAGCCAUACUGAGUCAGAGAGGUCCAGACAACCAGCUGCACCCUAUUGCGUACAUGUCCAAGUUGUUCUCAGGGGCAGAAGCAAAUUACAAUACCCAUGACAAGGAACUCCUAGCCAUUAUCAAGGCCCUAGAAGAAUGGCGUAUUUUCCUGGAGGCAACAGACAGACCAAUACAAGUGUUUACCAACCACCAGAAUUUAGAGUACUGGAUGAAGGCCUGCACCUUUAAUAGGAGACACGCAUGUUGGCAGAUAUUCCUGAGUGACUUCAACUUUGAAAUCCAUUAUUGCCCAGGGAAACAGUCAGGCAAACCAGAUGCCCUCUCCAGAAGAUCCAACUACAUAGAUACACCCCCAGAACCAGAAGUCAUGCUUCCCCCAGAUGUCUUUGCAAACACAUUGGAGGAGGAAUUAGAUAUUGUCACAGAAAUCUGUUCCAAAAUAAGGGUAGACCCCUCCCUUGAGCCAAUCAUCCAAUUCCUAAUUGAAGAUGCUGAUAACGCCCCUCCUUCCAUCCAUAAGGCCUACAGGGACUAUGAUUGGGAAGAAGACCUACUAUGGUAUUGCAGAAAACUGGUGGUACUGGACUCAGAAGCCCUCAAAGAGCAAUUGUUAAGAGAAUUUCACAACUUGCCCCUUGCAGGACACCCAGGACAGCAGAGAACCCUGGAACUUCUCAGCUGUAACUACUGGUGGCAAGGCAUGAAAUCUUCAGCAAAAGAAUGUGUUGAAUGCUGCCCAGUAUGCCAAGCCAAUCAACGCGCACACGCUCCUGUUAUCUCCCUAAAACCUUUAGAGGUCCUGCCAUUCCCAUUUCAUACCAUAUUGUACAACUUCAUCACUGGAUUUCCCAAGUCACAGGGGCACAAUGCUAUCCUAGUGGUUAUAGAUUCCUUUUCAAAGUUUGGCCAUUUUAUUCCUACUUCAAAAAAAGUAACUGCAAAGGGACUAGCAGACCUAUUUGUCACCCAUGUAUGGAAACUCCACAGACUACCAGUCAAGACCAUAUUGGAUUGA